UCGCAUGCAUCAUUUAGCUAGUCAACCAGAAGAGAAAUCUCCCUAUAUAGACCUAUUCUUAAUAAACAAUUACUAUUACAAGAAGGCUCGCACUCAACUGCUCCCUCUCUUAAAUCAAAGACCAUAACCAAAAACAAAGUCCACGCAUCCUCUCUCUCUCCACCUUUGUGAUGUUGGUUUCUGAUAGUGGUUGAAGAAACCAAGUGCAGUGAAGCAGCGAUGCUUCUGAGUAGUCCCCCUUCUUCCUUCUCAUCAAACAAGCAAAACCAUGGCGCUGUAUCUUUCCAUUCUCAAAUAACCUUACUCAUAAUAACAACUUGCUUUGUGCAUAACGGCGACGCCUCAUGCAGUAUACUUGGCCAUGAUUCUUUAUCAUCAUUUAACAUGAGCAUCUCUGCUGCACCGCCCUUGAACUGGUCUGCAUCACUAGACUGUUGCAGCUGGGAAGGAGUCGGCUGUGAUAAUCAUUCGGGCAACGUAACCACUCUAUGGCUCCCAUCAAGAAAACUAUCCGGCAUAAUACCUCCUGCAUUCUUGAACCUCACUAGUCUUUCUCGUCUCAAUCUCUCUCACAAUCACCUCUCCGGCCCUCUUCCGCAUCGCCUCUUUGCCUCUUUCCCCAACCUGCAAUUCGUUGAUCUAAGCUUCAACCGUCUUUCAGACACUUUGCCAACUUCCAUCCAUACAUUGAACAUCGCCAGCAACUCUUUUCAUGGGACUAUCCCAUCUUCAUUUCUUCAGCCAGCAUUCAACUUGAAAUUUUUUGAUGUCAGCAAUAAUAGCUUAUCUGGAUCAAUCCCUUCAUUCAUCUGCGCCUCUUCAUCCUCAAUACAGCGUCUUGAUUUCUCCAACAACGACUUUGCAGGCCCGAUUACUCGAGGUUUUGGCAACUGCUCAUACUUGCAGAGUCUAAGAGCCGGUUUCAAUGCCUUAUCAGGAGAGAUCCCACUUGAUAUUUACAAACUUUUAACAUUGCAAGAACUUUUCUUACCAGGAAACCAUCUCUCUGGGGUCAUUGAUGAAAGGAUUGUCGAGUUAAACAACCUCAAAAUCCUCGCAUUGUAUGGUAACGAGCUGACAGGUAGGAUUCCUAGAGACAUCGGGAAGCUCUCCAUCUUGGAACAACUACAGCUACACAUAAACAAGCUAAAUGGCACCAUUCCAUCUUCUCUCACAAACUGUACAAGGCUCAAGAUAUUGCAUUUAAGGGUGAACUCACUGCAAGGCCAACUGUCUUCUCUUGAUUUCUCAAGAUUGGUUGAGCUGAAAUCAGUUGAUCUUGGCAACAAUAUGUUUAGUGGAAGCUUGCCUGCAAGCCUCUUCUCUUGCAAGAAACUCACUGCCAUUCGCUUGGCUUCUAACAAACUAAGUGGAGAGAUCCUUCCUGAGAUAUCAACUUUGCAGUUUUUGUCGUUCCUCUCCCUUCCCAACAACAGCCUAACGAAUAUCAGAAGCGCCAUUGGAAUCUUGAGAGGGUGUAAGAAUCAGCACCUAGUACUGUCAAUGAACUUCUAUGAUGAAGAGCUACCUACUGAUGAAAUGCUGGUUGAGUCCGAGGCCUUUCAGAAUCUUCGAGUUCUUGCUCUAGGGGGCAGCAGAUUCACUGGUGUUGUCCCAUUGUGGCUGUCCAAGCUAGCCAAUAUAGAGGUUCUCGACUUGUCUUUCAACUAUCUUAGAGGCGUGAUUCCUGGUUGGAUCGGAGAGUUUCAAGACCUUUUCUACUUGGAUAUGUCAAGCAACCUGCUCUCGGGCAACUUCCCAAUCGAACUUACUAGACUAAGAAGGCUAGCAUUAAAGAAAAACUCUGAUCUCGUUGGGAGAAGCUUAGAGCUACCUGUGUUUGUUAAACCUGCACAAAUUUCUGGGUUGCAAUACAAUCAACUUUCAAGCUUACCACCAGGUUUGUAUCUUGGCAAUAACGGCCUAAGCGGAGCUAUCCCGGUUGAGAUUGGUAGGCUGAAGUUCAUCACAGCCCUUGACCUCAGUCGCAACAACUUCUUUGGUACCAUCCCUGAUGCAGUGUCUCAUCUCACUAACUUGGAGAAGUUGGACCUCUCACAAAACCUUCUUUCUGGUCAAAUUCCAGCAUCACUUGGAAACCUGCAUUUCUUGUCUUCUUUCAAUGUUUCCUACAACAAUCUUGAAGGUCCCCUGCCCACAGGUGCACAGUUCAGCACUUUCUCUGCCUCGAGCUAUGAAGGAAAUCCGGAGCUCUGUGGUCCGUUUCUGCAGCGCGUAUGCUCUGAUCGUCCGAGCCAAUCUGCAGCAGUGAGAACGACAAGGAAGAAAAUCAUCAUUGGACUAGUACUUGUUAUAUGCUCAGGCAUUUUCGCCCUUGGUCUGCUUGCAUAUUGCUUGUUUGAGACGAGGAGAAGUGUGCGUGCAUCCCAGCCUUGAAAAGAUCUCAUCUUCACAUACUAGAUAGAGACUUACAGUUUGGACCAAUCAAACCAAGCAUAUCAUGCUUAAAAAGUGUAGUUCAAUGCUAUAGAUAUAAUUUUAUGUUUGAAGUAGAAAGCAGCAGUGGGAGUUGGUCAUAUGAGAGAGGGAAAAGGUGUAGUUCAAAACUGGCAGAAUCGGUUGGUUGCUUCUUGUUUAUGAUUACGUAAUUCUGUUAUCAGCUGCUCUGAUUUAUGUUUUGUACAGGAAAUUUUUACCCAAUAUAUUCAGGCACGAAGACAUAUUUU